GGUGAGUGGGGUGUAGUGCAGCACAGGGGUUAUAUUCCAGCACAGGGUGAGUGGGGUGUAGUGCAGCACUCCGUAGACAUGUGUGGCUGGCUCUGGCUCCGCCCGCCUCUUUCUCUCCAGUCUCCUGGGGAUCGGACAGGCGGCGGGUAGAAAUCUUCCGAGCGGCAGAACACGGAUCCCGCAGGCGGCACUCACGGACAUGGCAGCCGGGGCAGCUCUAUCCGGAGCGAAGGUUUUGGGUAGACAACUAAUAUCUGUUCAGCGCAGUUGGCCUAUUACCUCAUGGAGAGCGGCAAGCACAACAUUUAAGUCGGCAGACCUGAAAGUGGAACUGAACAAACAUCCUAAGAAGAAGCCGGCGGUGUCAGACUUGGUGUUUGGAAAAACAUUUACUGACCAUAUGCUGACCAUAGAAUGGACCAACGAGAGAGGCUGGGGAAAGCCUCUCAUUAAGCCCUUCCAAAACCUUUCCCUUCACCCCGCUACUUCUGCACUGCACUACUCAGUGGAGCUCUUUGAGGGUAUGAAAGCUUAUAGAGGAGAGGACAAUCAGGUUCGUCUUUUCCGACCUAUGUUGAACAUGGAAAGGAUGCAUCGGACAGCACUACGAGCUUGUCUACCUUCCUUUGACAAUGCAGAACUUCUAGAAUGCCUAAGAAGACUUAUUGACCUCGACAGAGACUGGGCUCCUAAAUCUACUACCGCUAGUCUCUACAUUCGACCCACCUUUAUUGGCACAGAGCCAUCUCUAGGUGUCACAAAGUCCAACCAUGCAUUACUGUAUAUCAUCGUUGGACCUGUAGGACCAUACUUUCCAUCCGGAGGAUUUAGUCCAAUUUCACUUUUGGCAGAUCCAAAAUAUGUGCGUGCCUGGAUGGGUGGAGUAGGGAACUAUAAACUGGGUGGAAACUAUGGACCCACAAUUUAUGUGCAACAUGAAGCAACAAAGGAAGGAUGUCAGCAAGUACUAUGGCUAUACGGUGAUGACCACCAAGUGACUGAAGCUGGUACUAUGAACUUCUUCAUGUACUGGAUCAAUGAGCAAGGAGAACAAGAACUUGUAACGCCACCACUAAGCGGGUUAAUCCUCCCCGGAGUGACAAGACACAGUCUGCUGGAUCUGGCGCGGCAGUGGGGUGAGUUUAAGGUUUCCGAACGCUCGUUUACCAUGGCCGACGUGGUGAAAGGGCUGCAAGAGAACAGAAUAAAGGAGAUCUUCGGCGCAGGAACCGCCUGUGUGGUUUGUCCUGUUAACCGGAUACUUUAUAAUGGAGAAAAUUACCUCAUACCCACCAUGGAAAAUGGACCUGACAUAGCAAAACGCUUCUUAAAAGAGCUUACAGACAUUCAGUAUGGCCGCACUCCCAGUGACUGGGUAUACCUUGUGUGAUGCAGAUGAGACCUCACUAAGACUUGUCCAUUCCAAAGCAUCAAAUUUAUCAACCUCCUGGAUUUUAUUAAUGUGUUUUUACUUAGGGCUCAUCAAGAAAUGGUAAAACAAGAGUGUCUACCUCCGAAGUCUCUUCAGCCAUCGUUUUCUAGUCCUCCCAAUAUGACGAAACACAUGGCCUCUUGUAAUUUAACGUAUUCAAUUGUAUUAUGAAAUUAUUAUUUUAGAUCUAGGAAUACUGUGUGACAGUAGAUUAGUAGAGGCUAUGAUGGUGGUGCGGGCUUUGCUCUCUUACGUGUGCUGUAUUCUCUGUAGUCUACACGCAUGGAGGGUGCUACAGGAAUACAGCUUCAACAACAGAUCUUCCUCCUUGCCUCUGCGCACAAGGCUCUGUUCUCCAAGCAAUAUGAUAAAGAACUGAGGUUUUCUCAAUCCUAUUUACACUCCGCUAUUAAACUGCGCAAGUCACUUUCA